AUGUCUUCGGGCAGGUACAUGGGGUACUCCCCGUCGCGUUCUCCAUCCACCGCUCCGCAGUCACAUCACAUCUCCGGCAUGCGCGCCGCCUCUGCUGCGCUGGUGGAGCAGGAGAAGUAUGCCCGUCAUGCUACCUUUGAUUUGGAUGAUUGUAUCCUCUGGAAAUUUCGGUCGGUUACUAUCUUGGGUUGUUGCUUCUGCUACGCGUUACCGGCUUCCAGUUUGGUCGUGUCCUAUUGCGGUCCGGGGGUGUAGGUUGGGGUGGUGAUGGUUUGUUUCUGAAUUCUUGGUUUUCUUCAUCUUUGCUGCAUGGUUGAGUGGAUCUUUCUGCGAUUUUAAUCGUAAUUUUCAUUGUUUUGUUAGCUUGGACGUUUUGCGUUUCGUUUAAUCACUUUCUGGUGCGUGUUCCUACCGGGAAUGAUUGUGGUUUUGGAUUUUAUCCCUGGCCAUUUUUUCUUUUUUUGGUGUCUUUGUGAAGCAACAGUGAUCCUUUCCAUGGGAGCUUUUUGGAUUUUUGAAAGAGAUAACCUUGUUGAAUUUAUUUUCCUAGCCCUUGUUGCUAUUCUUUGCUGAGCGUGACGGCCUGAUGCUAUCUGAAAGAAUUUCUGGCUAGUGGACUCGAACCUUCUUACUUUUUUAGAGGAACUUUAAUGAUACUAACGAGUGAAUUUUGGUUGCAGGUAUUUGUCUGAGCUUCUGGCAGAACGUAAAAAGCUCAACCCCUUUAUACAGGUUCUGCCGCACUGUAGUGGAUUGCUGAACCAGGGUAAUCUGUCAAACUCCAUCGUAGCUUUAGUGACUGUUAAGAUGCAGACAUCACUUGUUAACUCUAGUGUGAAAAUAAUUGUAAACGAUUUUUUUACUUUAUAGUUACCUGCUUUUGUGCAGUAGUGAUCCCAUGUUAGGUGCAUACAGUAGUAAUGAUUUUAACUCUAGAAUUGUUGUUUGUUGCUUUGGUCUCUACUUUCCACUGAUUUUAUCAUCUUACAUUUCAUUGUCUUUUAAAUCCGUUGGUUUGAUUUUAAUGAGUAAUUUUUCCUUCUCUUUUACGUUGAAUAAAGUGCUUAGUAAGCUAACAUUUCUAUCUGUAGUUGAGUGUUCUGCGUAAAAAUGACAAAUAUUCUUUUAUGUAGAUUGGAUAUAUGGUCUUGAAGAUAGUUAUGCAGCAUAAAAUAACAAUAGUGGUUAAUUUUUCGUUAAUAUUUCGUUAAUAUUUCUCCUCAACACUACUGUCAUGGCUGUCAAACGAUUAUAGAGGGGAAAUAAGUUGAUCUCGUAGGGCAGAUGUUCCUGUCCUCUUUUUGGUUUGUAAGAUGGAGUCGGCAUUUGCAAUUAUGUUAGUUGUAGGACUGGAUGCCCCAUUCUUAUCUGCUAAUUCUAAGAAUCUUGUGAUCAUGACUAUAGAAUUGACUUCUUAUAGUGGGCAUUCUCCUUUUGACGGAGGUGUUAUAUUAUUAUCAAGGUUAGUGAUUUAGAAAGGCUACAAUUAGGAAGAUGGCUGUCGACGUAUCUUUUAAUUUCAUAUCAAAUAAUUUUCGAAUUGUGGUCCUUCCUGGUGUUAUGAGACAAUUUUCCAUUUUAUUUCUAUUGAAAAUAAUGAAUAAUGGACUAGAUACACGUAGAUUUAAGCUGGGAGUUGUAUGAGUGGCAGGGGGUUGGGUUUUCUUGCUGAUGCUUGGAAAGGGCACUGUGAUAUUGAUGAGACGGGAGGAAUGAGAGGAAGAAGAUGAUAUAGUUUGGGUAAGGAUACAGUCCCCAAAACCCUAAUUCAAAUGUGUUCGGUGGAGGGAAAUUUCUCACCCAACAAUGUCGUUUAAAUUCCUUAAGGUAGAGAGAUUGAGAACUAAAAAGUAAAGUCUGUGAUUAGGGAUGCUGUAUAAGAAGUGCUGCUGGAGGGGAUCUAUAUAUAGUGUUUUCCCGCUAGUUGUCCUGAUGCUGCCAUGGUAAAGUCUAUCAUCUUCUCUACCUUGGUUCUUGUAGUUAUUAAUCAGAUUUAGUUCCGACUUGCUACAUAUGUAUUGCUCUGCUGGACUCUUGGUGCUUGUGGUUACAGAUGUCCUUUAAACAACAAAAAAAAAAAAAACAAAAAAAAAACAAGGAUUUCAGUAUUUUUUGGUUAGUAGUGUUUGAGGGUAAAAUCAAAACAUGGUGCCAAUAUUUUCAUGAGGAUCUCUUGGAACUUGUAACCCAUAUAUGGUUAUCUCACUGUUACUGAUGCGAGAGAGUCUCCAUGUGGAUAAAACUAAUCAACAUGAGACAAAAAAUGGCUCAAAAAGUUGAGAUUUCUUUUUACAAAGAGGGCUUGAGUUGGAGCCUUAGUAACCUCUAUAAACAGUUUGAAUUUAGAAAGUACAUUCAAGUUAACUUUUUACAUCUUACUUUGCCCCUUGAAUUCUAGGCUACUUAGUGGGUGUCAGGGCGAGGACUUCUGGAAUAUUUAUCCAAAAGAACCAUGAAUUUGCUAGUAUCAAAGUUUGAUUCCUGCUAUAUGCAUGUCUCUAUUAGAAGGCACAUAAAAAAACCUGUUCCUGUCCUUUGUCUUUUAAUCCCUUGCCAUGUUCUUCCUAAUAUGACCUUGAAGAAAAGGUGCGUAUGAUCAGACUCGGGCAGAAUUCGGUCAAGUGAAAACUAUGACUAUGGAUUCGAAAUUAGGAUCUUAUCUGCUUUUUCAGCAAAAGAAGGAUUUGUGUGCAGAGUGAUAAAUGGAAGAAGUAAUGCAAGAAGAAGAGAAGAUGAACCGAUGUAAUAGGUUAUUUGAAGGUCAACUGGGUUCUGUCUGAUUCUGCCGAUCUAAUCCAUGAAUAUAAACUUUUGAGUGGCCAUAACUGAUUUAUGGGUCCAACUUGUAGUGUGUUGUAAGAAGAUGACAAUCCCUAGUGAUAAAUUCCAGACUGUUGUAGCUUAUGUUUUAGAUUUAGAAGCAUGCCCUAUCAUUCUUGGUUUCCCUAUUACAUUUAUAUUUUCGUUCCAUGUUGAUUAUGGCAUUUGCCCACUAACUUGAGUACGCUUUACUAACUUGAGUCUUUUUGGCUGCAUCAAUAAAUCUUUUGAAGUCAAUAUAAGCUAGUGUUCGUUAUUUUUAACCGAAGACAUGUGAUCUCAAAAGUGAUAUUCCUACGUUGCAUAUUUUUCUAUAAAUGUGAGUCGCUCUUGUACAAUUUCUUUGAGGAAUUUCAAAAUAGUGCAGGCUUGGUAAUGCUUCGAAUUUGUGUAGACUAACAUACAUGAUUGGGCGUUAUUGUCUGCCCUAUUUUGUGGCAACUAAUUUAUCAACAAUUGCUAACUGCUGCAUCUUAUGCUUGGACUUGGCUUUUGAAGCAGAAAUUUUGCGUGUAACAAUACUGUUGGGGAAUGGACCACUUUUAGACCAAAGUGGGCUUGACCUUGGUAGUUCACAGAGUAGUGGAGGAUUGUUUUCAAAUGGGCAAGCUGGUGAUGUGAAUGGGUGGUCUCCAUUUCAAUCAGAAGUAUGGACGCUAACCAUUAACAUAAUUUUCUUUUUUAUGUACUUGUCCUGAUCUCCAGAAUCGUCGUUGAUGCCACUCGGACAUUUCAUGCCGAUGCCAUUUCUAUUUAUGUGGCUGAGCCCUUGACACAGUUUCUCAUCAUGCUAACUUUGGGUUGACAAUUCUUUUUGCUAUUUUAUUUUUUAAAACAACUCAUAGCAUUCAUGGCACAUCUCUCAGAAUGAUCUGAAUUAGUCAACUUUCCUUUUGCUAAGGUUUCUGAAAUGUUUUCAAAUGCUCCCACAUUCGUAAAAUUGUGUCAUUUGAUGAUCACAUGCUGAAUUUUAUUCGAUCUGUCUCCUUCUUGGUGCACUUGUUCGUGUGAUAGUUUUCAUGUUCAGGCAUUGACUCUGUUCAAGAGAUUAUUGUUUAACCUCACUUUUUUUUUGGGGGGGGCGGGGGGGUUACAUCUUCAGCAGGCAGUGUAUUCGGCCUUGGCAAACACUUUAUCGAGUAAAAUGUCGUCAAUUUAACAUCAGGACAUUGUUUAUGAAUCCAUGUUUUCAUCUCCACAUUAACAUUUUCUCAUGAACAGAUGGAGCCCCUAGAAGGGAACUCAUGCGUGUAAAGCUGGCUUGCUAGGGACAGGGUCCAAGAGCUAUGCAAAACCAAUUAAAAAAUGCAUAAAGAACAUAUCACUUGAUGAUAUGUUGAUAAAUCCUCUUUUUAUUUUGUGUCAUUCUCUGUCACUUGAUGACAAUUCAGAAUUUCUUAAAUCAUAUUUCUGUUUUGACCAAUUUCGUUCGAAAAUUCUCUUUUUUAACUCUUCCAGUGUUGUAGAAUCCUUAGGUUUUGUACUCCGACAACAUCAGACAGAAUCCCUCAUUAGAAAUAUCUUGAUGUCACCUGUUCCAUCUCUCUUCCCUGGCUGACAUCUUGAGUGAAAACCUGCAGAGGCUGGGACUAUUACAGUCUCCAUCUUGGAAUGGCUGGUCUGGUGCACAGGGCACUUCCUCUGCACUCAUUGUGAAGAAGACGAUCAGGGUGGAUGUCCCCGUUGACAGAUAUCCCAUGGUUCGUUCUUCACCUUCUGUCUGAAUUCAGCCCAAGAAGUCCCUUUUUUGAACCAAGGCCUGAGGAGCUCACUUCUUUCAGUACAACUUUGUCGGGCGGCUUCUCGGCCCACGAGGGAACUCCUUGAAGAGGGUGGAAGCGAUCACAGAGUGCCGCAUUCUGAUCCGUGGCCGGGGCAGCAUCAAAGACCCAGCUCGGGUAAUCUAAAUUUCUUACUAUUUUUGGUACCAUAGUCUUUUCCCCAGGUGGAGAUAAUGCUGUAUUUUAGCAAGUCGCAAAGAAAUCAAGGGAAAAUAUAUUGACAAGAAAUGCUCCCUCCUACUCAAGAGUCCUUUCUCUUCGUUUGGGAUCAUAUGAUAUCCUAGCUAGAGUAAGAUUAUAUUAAAAAAAAAGCAUGACGACCCAGCUCGGAUAAUUACUCGUUUUAAUUAUUAUUCCAUAGAUUACCCACAUUGCUUUACUAUAAUAAUGUUUUCCCAAGAUGGAAAUAAUUACCAUCAUUAGUGGGUCGUGAGCGAAUUGAUAUUUCCUGGUGUGCUCUGGAGUCCUUCCUUUUCUUUCAUCGUCAUAUGAUUAUUGAUAAUAUGCCACGAAUUUUAAUGAUUCCCUUAAUUUCUCCGGCAGGAAGAAAUGAUGCGGGGAAAACCUGGGUACGAGCAUCUGAAUGAGUCCCUCCAUAUCCUCGUUGAGGCCGAGCUGCCGGCCGAGUUUGUCGAUGCCCGCCUGAUGCAAGCUCGCGAGGUUCUCGAAGAGUUGCUGAAACCCAUGGUAUCACAAUCAUAUACCAUCAUCAUCAUCAUCAUCAUCAUUAUCAUCAUUGUAAUCUCAUCUGCCCACACUCAUGGAUGCAGGAUGAAACCCACGAUCUCUUCAAGAAGCAUCAGCUGAGGGAGCUGGCCUUAUUGAACGGCACGCUUCGGGAGGAGGGCUCCAGCGGGCCAAGCUCUCCCUUCCAUGACAGCCUGGGCUUGAAGAGAGCAAAGACUCGGAGCUAG